AAAUAUGACGUUGAAAUUAGUGACGUGUCUCUGUUGACAGGGAACCUUCAGUGCUACCUCAUAGAAAUGGCUGUUGAUAUAACUUUACUGUUCAAAGCCAGUGUCAAAACUGUUAAAACAAGAAAUAAAGCAAUUGGAGUGGGUUUUGAGUCACCUAAAGAGGAAAUAUUUAAGAAGUCUAGACCGAAGAAUGGAUUUUCUCCCAAGGCGAAAGAGGUGAUCUCCAACAUCACCAAGUUGAAAGACUUUCUGCUGCAGCACAGGAAGGACUAUGUGAAUGCUGGAAGUCUCAUCUCGUCAGACCUAACCCGAAUGACGGACAAUGAGCGAGACCAGAUCGACCAGGACGCCCAGAUCUUUAUGAGAACCUGCUCCGAAGCCAUCAAGCAGCUUCGCUCUGAGGCUGACAAGCAGGUUAUAUCGACCCAGAUCCGAGAGCACAGAAGCGCGGUCCUCGACCUCAUUGAGAUGUAUUUGAAAGGUGUGUGUAAGCUGUAUUCUGAGCAGAGGGCUAUUCGAGUCAAAAGAGUGGUGGACAGAAAGAGACUGUCCAGACUAGAGCCGGAGCGCCACCACAGUCACGCGGCCGAGGAGAGAAGCCCACCGGUGGAGCCACUCAGCGAGGGAAGACAAGCCAAGGAAGAGAACAGCAGCAACAACUGUGAGCGUGGUGUGGCGGAUCUCCAGGAGAACAGCAUGAGCCUGUGGGAGGAGGGCCAGGGCCGUGUGGAGGAUGAGCUCUCACCUGAGGAGAUGCAGAUGUUUGAACAGGAGAACCAGAGGCUGGUCAGUGAAAUGAGCAGCCUGGUAGAUGAAGUCAGGCAAAUCGAGGGCAAGGUUGUAGAAAUCUCACGGCUACAGGAGAUCUUUGCGGAGAAGGUGCUAAUGCAAGAAACCGAGAUCGAUAGUAUCCAUCAGCUAGUCGUGGGAGCCACAGAAAACGUCAAAGAGGGGAACGAAGACAUCAGAGAGGCCAUCAAAAACAAUGCCGGAUUCCGUGUCUGGAUCCUUUUCUUCCUUGUCAUGUGCUCAUUUUCUUUGCUCUUCCUGGAUUGGUAUGACAGCUAACCCCCUGAAUCUAGCCGAGCCAGGGAGUGACUACCAUCAUCAUUGUUUCGAGGAAGGCUUCAGUACAUGUCAACCAUAAUUAGUCCACUUUCCCAUCUUUGGUCCUUGAGUACCGUACAGUACACAGGGCAGCAUACAUUUUAAUUGCAGCCUCGGACCAGGUCCUGAAUGGCUGUAAAUGUUUGACUGGCGCUACAACAAAAGCACAGCUGACCGGAGUACUGGAGGACCAGAGAUGGGAACCACUGCACUAGAGGGCAGUCUAAACACAAUUUGUUAUGGAAAGCCUUUUGGAUCCUGUUAACGGCACACAACUGGCUGAAUGUAAAGUGCUCUCGCCCACCUGUACUGUGUAUAUAUGAGUUUGACCUAUGGCCUACUGCAAUGCUUAUUUUUACUUUUCAAUUGAUCAGUCUGUAUUGAGUUCUUGACAAUACACAGUUGUUAUUCACAAUGUAUGUCAUGUAUGUGUCAUUAAGUGCUUCAUUUUGUCAAAAUAUGUAUUUCAAAUUUCAUGUCUAACUGAAGUGUUAGUGUUUCUACUCAUAGAUUACACACAUGCAAACAACAUAUUACACAAUCAGCCAAAAAUUUUUAAAACAAUUGGGUUAUUCACAGAAGUCUGAGACUGCAUUGUUAGAAAGACCUAAUUCAUUUAAGGUAAAAUAUAUAAGAUAAUCACUAAUGUAUUGCCAUGACAGCUCUUGCCAAUGGGAUAUUUCUAAUAAUAGGUUGAACUAUUAGGAGCAUGUACUCCUUUUGUAAGUGUUAAGAUAACAGUUAUAAUCAAUCAGUGGAAGGGUUCAUGUCUGAGUACAUCACCACUUGGCAAACUGCUUGUAUAGAAACCUGGUUCUAACACCAAUAAAAUAAAGAUCUUCUUGUGAAUGAAA